AUGGAGAGGACACCUACUGAAGAUCCAACUACACCACAAACACCUUCUACCAAUGUCGAACGACAGAAAAAUCCAGUUGCAUCAAAAUGUAAAGUUUGUGGGGCUUCUGCUCGAUAUUCAUAUUAUGGAGCUAUUGUAUGUCAUUCAUGCAAAAUGUUUUUUAAACGAAAUGCACAAGAUAGACAAGCAACAUUGAAAUGUCACUUUAAUAAUGAUUGUGAUAUUAACAUAAAUACUCGUCAUACAUGUGCUUCAUGUCGACUUGCAAAAUGUUUCAUUAAUGGAAUGUGUAUUGAAUUGAUUCGAUCACAUCGACCUGAAAAAAGUGAUAAAAAUGAAAAAACAAAAUUGACUACUGAUCCAAUACCAACAAUGUUAGUAACAACAAAUGAUAAACAAAAUCCUGAACAUAGUGUGUCCCAUUGGAUUGAAACAUUAAAUAUCUUAGAAUCUGAUCAAUCAACAUUAACUCUGAAUCAAUGGAAUCUUUUAUCAAAUUUAGUUUAUUGUUUCGAUGAAAAUAGUGGAUAUGCAUUUGUUGAAAAUUUUAUUGAAGAACAAAAUCGAUUACCUCUCAAAUUACGAUUCAAAUAUUCAUCAGUUUAUGAUCUUUUCAAAUCAAUGAUGGGUAAUAUACAACUUGUCUUCGAGAAAAAUCGUGAUUUUCUAUCAUUAUCUCGUCAUGAUCGUACAACAUUACUUCGAACUACAGCAGAAUUUACAACAAGUAUUGGUGGUAUGUUCACAUUACGUCAGUAUAAAUUAUUUGAUUAUCCACCUUUUUAUGAAUCUGCUGAAAUAAUAUUUCAUCCAACUGCAGCAAUUUUCAUCAAACGUGUUAUUGAUCAACUUGAUCCAGAUAAUACAUUUAUUAAAUUAAUACUUUCAAUUCUUGCAUUCUCAACAAUCAACUAUACUAUGUACAAAGAAAACAUUCAGAUUAAUUUAACAAAUAUCAAAGCAAUUUUACCUAUUCAAGAUAUGUAUAUAGAUUUAACAUGGCGAUAUCUUUUAUAUAAAUAUGGUCAUCAUCAAGCUGCAAUACGUUUAUCAAAUCUUGUAAAAUGUCUUUUUGCUGCCAUUGACGCCAUCAUUGAAGCACAUGAAUCACAAAAAACACCUACUGAAGAUUCAGCUACAUCACAAAUACUUUGUACCAAUGUCAAGCGACAGAAAAAUCCAAGUCCAUCCGAAUGUAAAAUUUGUGGAUCUCCUGCUCGAUAUUCAUAUUAUGGAGUUAUUGUAUGUCAUUCAUGCAAAAUGUUUUUUAAACGAAAUGCACAAGAUAGACAAGUAACAUUGAAAUGUCACUUUAAUAAUGAUUGUGAUAUUAACAUAAAUACUCGUCAUACAUGUGCUUCAUGUCGACUUGAAAAAUGUUUGAAAAUUGGAAUGUGUAUUGAAAUGAUUCGAUCAUCUCGAUGUGAAGAAAAUCAUAAAAAUGAAAAAAGAAAAUUGAUUGUUGAUUCAAAUCAAUCAACAUCAACAACAUCAUUGAUUAUAAACAAGAAACAUAAGUCUGAACAUAUUCCUAGAUUAAGUCUUUUAGAAUCUGAUCAAUCAACCUUGAGCAUUAAUCAAUGGAAUUUUUUAUCAAAUUUAGUUUAUUGUUUUGAUGAAAAUAUUGGAUAUGAAUAUGUUAAACAUUGUCUGGAAGAACAAAAUCGAUUACCUAUCAAAUUACGAUUCAAAUAUUCACCAUUCAAAUUACAUUCGAAAAAAAAUCGUGAUAUUCUUUCAUUAUUUCAUCAUGAUCGUACAACAUUACUUCGAACUGCAGUAGAAUUUACAACAGAUAUUGGUGGUAUGUUUACAUUACGUCAGUAUAAAUUAUUUGAUUACCCACCUUUUUAUGAAUCUGUUGAAAUGAUAUUUAAACCAUCUGCAGCAAUCUUCAUCAAACGUGUUAUUGAUCAACUUGAUCCAGAUAAUACAUUUAUUAAAUUAAUACUUUCAAUUCUUGCAUUCUCAACAAUCAACUAUACUAUGUACAGAGAAAACGCACAGAUUAAUUUAAUAAAUAUCAAAGAAACUUUACGUAUUCAAGAUAUGUAUGUAGAUUUAGCAUGGCAAUAUCUUCUAUAUAAGUAUGGUCAUCAUGAAGCUGUAAUACGUUUUUCAAAUCUUAUAAGAUAUCUUUUUUUUUUGUAA